AGCAAAUCAACGUUGAUUAAUUUAUAAGUGUAUAAAAAAUAACAUGAAUACAUUGCAUCUAAGCGAAUUGAUCAGCAGCUGGGAUAUAAGCACAACCGAAAAAGUUGAUGAGGGUCUCAAACGCAUUGCAGCAAAGGAAGCUGAAGUUAAUGCCAGACUUGAAGCCGUAUUGUCCAAGCAAUGCCAAGUUGAGGCAAAAUUAAGUGGCAUCGGUCGAGCGAUGGCCACAUUGCUAACCGUGGAGAAUGAUUCAAAUAAGUUAAAUUUGCAAAUUGUGAACACCGCUCAACUGGCCGAAUCCGUAAGCGCAAAAGUGCGAAGAUUGGAUUUGGCUCGAUGUCGUGCCUCCGAGUGUCAGCAGCGUGUCCACGAUCUCAUCGAUCUGCAGCUGUGCAGUCAGGGCGUUGUCAAGGCCAUCAAUGAGGAGGAUUACGAGAAGGGGGCGGGCCAUAUCGCUCGCUUUCUUGCAAUGGAUCAGCAGCUAUUGCAGCGCACCGCAGAUGAUGUCCAAGGCUCGAUCACGUCGGUCAGCGAUGCUGUACGCACCCUGGAAGAUGCCACCGAAAAGAUGCGAGAGCUGAUCUCAAAACGAUUCGAUGAGGCUGUCCAGCACGAUGAUUUGGCUUCGGUUGAGCGAUUUUUCAAAAUAUUCCCAUUGGUUGGCUGCCAUCGCAUCGGCAUUGAGAAAUUCUGUGGCUACAUUUGCCAGAAGCUGUCAGCGAAGGCGCAAAAGGAGCUGCGCAACACGCAGGACAUUGCCAAAGCCGAGCGACGAAUGCAUUUGGCCUUUGCAGAUCGCCUCACUGCGAUAUUGGAAAACUUUGCACGGGUCGUUGAAGUAAAUCAGCCUAUUAUUGAAGCAUUUUAUGGUCAAGAGUGCACAUCAUUGCUAGAUAUGGUAACCAUAUUGCAAAGGGAAUGCGAUCUGGAAGUUAAAAAUCUGCUGCUUGAGUUCAACAAGCAUCGCCAAAUUCAGUAUCGCAUCAAGCAGGUGAACGACAGCGCUCAGCGGUCCGGUGGAGCUGGUGGCGCCAACAACAGCAUUCAGUCAACAUUGGGACAUUAUCGAAAACCGUCUGGCGGCUCUAUUGACAAACUGAAUCCGAAGGAUAUUGAUGCCAUAAUUGCCGAAAUUACGGUCAUGCACUCGAGAAUCGAGUUGUACUUUCGAUUUAUGCGCCGCCGAUUGCAGACUAAUGCCGAGACUUAUCUGCAAGACAAGGAUGCCCAAAAGAAUAUACAAAGUGAUUAUGAGCGGGUUGUGAAGCAGUGCGACUUGAGUCGUCAAAUGCAGGAAAUUCUAAGCACAUAUUUAUUAUUUGAAAGAUAUUUCAUGGAGGAGAGCGUAAUGAAAGCCAUUGGACUCGACACUUAUGAGGCUGGGCAGCAAUGCUCGUCAAUGGUCGAUGAUGUUUUCUUCAUAUUGCGCAAAUCGAUCAGACGUUCCCUGACAACACAAUCAAUUAAUGGUACCUGUGCAGUAAUCAACAAUGUAGCCUCAUGCCUGGAUGGUGAUUUUGUGACUGCACUCAAGGCACCACUAAAAAGUGGGUAUCCAUCAGGUUAUAUUGAUUUGGCGCAGGCCUACAACGCCAUACAGACGAGCCUGCAGCAGGGCAAAUUACAUUCGAGUGAUGCGGAUCGCGUUCGCACCAAUUUCAUAGUGCAGUUGAAUAAUGCCGAUAUGUCCACGGAAUAUAUUGAAACCCUGUGGCAGACCAUGGAGCAAGAGAUCGCCGGCACUUUUCCCAGCAUUAGCCCGGUUGAGCGACAUCUGCUGGAUGGCUGCCUGACUGAGCUGAAAACGGUUCUCGAUGCGCUGAAGGCAACCGUUGACUUUGGCAUACAGCAACUAAGGUCCAGUGCGAUUAGGCCACGCCUGAAUCCCUGGGUUGAUGAAUUCCUCAACUAUAGUCACCACUUAACAGAGGAAGAACUGUCCACUUACGAAGCUGGAGAGACAUUUGUUCAGUAUUUCAUUGUGCAAUUGGAUGGGCUUUUGAAUUCCUUCAAAAAUGCUUUAAGUCCCCGCAAUUAUGAUGCGCUUGUCAGCAUUUUGGCUACAGAAGUGACCAAUCGCUUGGAGCGUGCGAUUAAAAAGAGCACAUUUAAUCGGCUUGGCGGUCUGGUUCUGGAUCAGGAAGUGCGUGCCCUUGGCACUUAUCUCACGGGAGCCACAUCGUGGUCUGUCCGUGAUAAGAUGACUCGUCUUUCGCAAAUUGCUACGCUUUUAAAUUUGGAUAAAGUUUCGGAAUUAUCCGAGUAUUGGAAUCCCGAGAAUAAUACCGAAAUGCCAUCUUGGCGGCUGACACCCAACGAAGUGCGAACCAUUUUCACAUUAAGAAUCGAUUUCCGCAUGGAGGACAUUAAACGUUUACAGCUUUAAGCUACAAACGUUAUUAUGUGCUAUGUCCUGAAAAUUAUGAUGAUUCGUUGGCUUUCUUUUUCUCGGCACUAAACCAACGAUUAUAAUCCAAUCUUAAUAAAAGCUGCGACAGCGGUCCAAAACUUGA